AUGCUGAACCCUUUUCUUGCCGUGCGGUUGACCAUCCUGCUCACUCUCGGCUUAUUUAAUGUCUUUCUCCUUAUAAUCGCUGCGUUCAAUGUCGCGGGCGCAGUCAACGCUGCUGCUGUGCUGGUUAUUUUCAAUGCGUGUUGCACGAUGUUGUAUUGCUUUACUUUAGGUUUGGCACAACGAUCUUGGAGCCCCAAAGUGAUCCUGGAGUUCGUAUGGGCGUUUGUCUCCUGCAUGUUGCAACUUGUCGCUGCAGGCCUAGCCACCUUGAAUUGCUCCAUCGCACGUAAAGCAGGAGCCACUGACUUCACUCCGCGUGGCUCGUCAUUUGAACUAGCCAUUGUGGCCUGGCUGUCGACAUGGACUUUUUGGGUGUACACAUUUGCUCUGCUCGUCAGUGCGAUUGCCCACGCCACACAUUAUCCCACAAUUUGGGCAACCCGAGUCACGGCUGUUCCCUGGUUCACGACGCAACAAGCUCCGGUACAAGCAGGUCGCUCGAAGGAUCUGGAGGGCGGCGCUUAUGAGAACCCCGCGUUCAAGGCGGACGAUGCUCUGUCCCGCAGCUACUCCGACACAAAGACCUUCGUUGCACAAUUCACGCGCGAGGACCCCCCUGCGCCCAAAGGCCUUGUCAUUUCCGCGCCACUGAGACAGAGUACCGGGAGCCCGACCCAGCCCAAGUGGGCCAGGACAAAUACGUGUCGCGGGAGAGACGAUCCGUUCCCUACUUCUCACGCGGUCACGUCGCGUUGGAGUGUAUCCACAACGCGAGUCUCUUCGGCCCCUCCGCCUCCGCCACCCAAGGCGUUCGGCAGACUAUUUGGCCAGAGCGCGCAGCCGGAUAGUGGCAAUGAUGCGUUCACAGCAAGCGCCUACAGCCUCCCGUCUAUUGGACACAGCGACCGCAUCUCAUUCGGUAUCUUUCCUGACAACAACACGCUGAACACGGAUGUGCCUAUUCCAGCGGGGGACCGAUCGGAGUGGGUCGCCGCCACCGAUGCGAGCAGUAGCUCUCAAGGGCGCCCGCCUGCGGGUCGUCGUCUUCUCUGA